AUGGCAUCUAUACUCUACCUAAUUCUCUCAUUGUCUCUAUUUUUCACACCAAAUUCUCAGGCUGAUCAAGGGGUGGCUCAAGAGUGUCCAUACCCAUGCUACCCACCACCAACUGGAGGCGGUGGUGGUGGAGGAGGAGGAGGGAAUACUCCGACAACAACAACCUAUCCGCCGCCUUCUCAAACAGGGUAUUUCCCUCCACCUUCCGGUAUAUUCCCAUAUAACCCUCCAAACCCUAACUACUAUGGUAAUGGACCUCCAGCUCCAGACCCUAUAGUUCCAUGGUUUCCUUUUUACUACAAGAAGCCACCUCAUAGCCCCGAUAGAUCUUCAUCCACGGGUGGCAGAAUAAAAUCGACGGCUGCGAUCUUCUUGAUCAUCUUCUCAUUCUUGUUAUUUGUUUAUUAA